UAUUCCGACUGAGAUAACACAGGAGUGUCCUUCUUGCACCGAGAUUGCUGAUGAAUUCAUCCACUCAACCUUCAUUUCUCUUCCUCAUUUCUCCUUCCUCUUCUCUGGGUAUGAAACAAGGAGCAUCUGAACUAUCUUCAGCCUGAAGAAUUUGAAAAUGGAUACUAAAGAGAGAUUAUGUCCGGACAAUUGGGGAAACUCUUCUUCCUCAGGGAACGAACUAUACAAAAAAGUAUCCUCGGAUCACAGGUCUUUUACUGGUUUCGGCUUGCAGCAAAAUCACCAGAAAUGGGAAGAUCCCUCCUUCUUAGAAUAUGCCAUGAGGAUUGAACCUCCAUUCCAAGAAUUCAACCAGCCUUCUCAAACUCAGUUUUCGCUUUGCAACCAAAAUGAUCAAAUGAGAAUUCUGGUUCAAGAAAAUGGCCAGGAGAAUGAGAUGCUUGAAUCCAAUAAAAUCCAAGAUUGGGAUCCAAGGGCAACACUUAACAAUCUGUCUUUCCUGGAACAAAAGAUCCAUCAGCUACAGGAUUUGGUGCAUUUGAUUGUUGGUCGAAGAGGGCAGACUUUAGGGCAUCCAGAUCAACUUAUAACUCAGCAACAGCAUCUUAUUACUGCUGAUCUCACUUCAAUUAUUGUCCAGCUAAUUUCUACUGCUGGAAGUCUUCUCCCAUCGGCAAGGCAUUCACUUUCUGCAGCAAAUCCAUCUGGGGCACAAAUUGGGCAGCUCGGUGGAGUUCUCUUCCCUCAUGCAAGAGGCCUUCAUGGUGAGAUGCAAACACAAAAUAAUUGUGGAAGCAAAGUUUCUGAUUCUUCCACCAAGAUUGAUCCUCCUACUAAUUAUCAGGUUGAUGAAAACCACAUUGUUGAAGAACAUGAGUUGAAAGAAGAGGAAGAUGUCGAUGAAGGGGAAAGUCUUCCUCCUGGUUCCUAUGAGAUUUUGCAGUUAGAAAAAGAUGAAAUCCUUGCACCUCACACCCACUUCUGCACAAUAUGUGGAAAGGGUUUUAAGAGAGAUGCCAAUUUACGGAUGCACAUGAGAGGUCAUGGAGAUGAGUACAAGACAGCAGCUGCCCUGGCAAAGCCUGUUAAAGAAUCAAGCUCUGAGCCAAUACUUAUCAAGAGGUAUUCUUGUCCUUUUCCCGGCUGCAAGCGUAACAAGGAUCACAAAAAGUUUCAGCCUUUGAAAACAAUCUUAUGUGUGAAAAACCACUACAAGAGAACACAUUGUGAUAAGAGUUUCCUUUGCAGUCGGUGUAACACUAAGAAAUUCUCAGUCAUUGCAGACUUAAAAACUCAUGAAAAGCAUUGUGGCAAGGAUAAAUGGCUUUGUUCCUGUGGCACAACAUUCUCAAGGAAAGACAAGCUGUUUGGACACAUUGCUUUGUUCCAAGGUCACACUCCUGCCAUUCCCCUUGAUGAAACUAAAACAUCUGCUGGGCCAUCUGGUCGAGGAGAAAACAACGAAGCAAGAUACAAGGUUGGAAGUAUAAAUUUCAAUUUUGCUUCCAACACUCCUGUGCUAGCUGUGUCAACUAUUAUGGAUGUGAAAGGAGUGUAGAGAUCCAGCAGCUGU